CAGGAACUUGGCCAAACGACGGAACACCAGACUGGGCAGGGGCUGUGGAGUUCACGGCAGAUCUACCUCUGACCAUUGAGGCUUUGGUGAGGGAGUAUACAGAGGGACUCCCAGGAAAGCCAGCAUUGAAGCACCUGGAAGCUCAUUACGGCGCCGAUGUCCCGAAUGUUAAAAAGAGAAGAAAGAAUUGGCAUAGCUGGAGGAAUUCUGCAGCAAAACGGGCUGGAUGGUGCAAAAGGAAGCCACUCUACCAUCAUGUGGAUACUUUCUUUGCCACCACUGAUGAUAAUGAUGCUGAUCGUACCGCCCUACCCAACACUGACACCGCCCUAUUACCCAAUGCUGUGCCAGAAAUGAAUGAGUUUCUGAAUGCAUUUGGCGGGCAGGAGGACCAGGACCAAGAGGAUGGCAGGCAGAUGCAGGAGGAGGACAAACAUGAGGAGGCUACGAUGGAAGCCAUCCGGGCUCUGACCAACCUUAUCGAAGAGAAAUUUAGUGGUAGGAUUCCCCAAGGCAAAUCUGCAGCACAGCCCGGAAGCAAAGUUAUGAAAGCGCUGUUCGACCAUUUCAAGGCACUCGUACCAGGCGCCAAAGGGCGGAAUGAAAAAGGGCACAAAAGGGCAGCCAAACGUAAGGAAAACAAGGCCAACAAGAAGAAGAAGUGGACGGAGGAGCAGAAAAAGCAGGCGGAGAAGGAAAAGCAGGCGGAGAAGGCGACAGCUCCAGUUAGACCUAGAUUGACUAGGUCUCUACCUAGGUAG